UUCAUCUCCCCUUGGCGAUACAACUGGAUUCCAUAUUAACCUCUCAGGUCAAUCGUAUUCUACUCAAUUAUCUCAGUCUCUCUCUCUAUUUCCCCUUCUAGACUCUUCCAUCCUUCUCCGGCGACGCUUGCCUUCCCAUGGCUUCCGAUCUCGAAGCUAAAGCCAAAGAGGCUUUCGUCGAUGACCACUACGAGCUGGCCGCGGACCUCCUCACUGAGGCCAUCGCCCUCAGCCCUAGCGCCGAGCUUUAUGCCGACCGUGCCCAGGCUAACAUCAAACUCAGCAACUACACUGAAGCUGUUGCUGACGCAAACAAGGCAAUUGACUUGAAUCCGGAACUAGCAAAAGCAUAUUUGCGCAAAGGUACUGCGUGCAUGAAGCUUGAGGAAUAUCAGACCGCAAAGGCAGCUCUGAUGAAAGGUGCUUCACUGGAUCAGGGAGAUUCAAGAUUCAUUACUUUGAUCAAAGAGUGUGAUGAUCUUAUUGCAGAGGAAAGUAGCACCAUAACUAUACAGGAAAAGAGCCCCAUUUCUGAUGCUGCUUCAAAAAAUGUAAAGCCAGAGAACGACCUUGCGUUAAAUCCGGAGAAUGACCUUUCAAAGCAGGUGGCAGAACCAGCAGCUAAGCCUAAGUACAGGCAUGAAUUCUACCAGAAGCCCGAUGAGGUUGUUGUAACCAUAUUUGCCAAGGGAAUCCCUCGGGAUAGUGUUACUGUUGACUUUGGUGAACAAAUACUAAGUGUUCGUAUUGAUGUUCCUGGUGAAGAUGGAUAUACUUUUCAACCCCGCUUAUUUGGAAAGAUUACACCUGCAAGAAGCAGAUAUGAGGUAUUGUCUACCAAAAUUGAAAUUCGCCUUGCUAAAGCAGAACCUUUACAUUGGACUUCUCUUGAAUUCACUGGGCAAAUUACAGUUCAAAGAAAGGUUACUGCUCCCUCAGGUCCAAGACCCACGUACCCAUCCUCAAAACCAACAAGAGUAGAUUGGGAUAAACUGGAAGCUCAGGUUAAGAAAGAGGAGAAAGAAGAAAAGCUUGAUGGUGAUGCGGCGCUGAACAAAUUUUUCCGUGAAAUAUAUCAAGAUGCAGAUGAGGACACAAGAAGAGCAAUGAGGAAGUCAUUUGUGGAAUCUAAUGGAACGGUACUGUCUACAAACUGGAAAGAAGUGGGAUCAAAGAAGGUAGAGGGAAGUCCCCCUGAUGGCAUGGAGCUGAAAAAAUGGGAAUAUUAAUCAUAAUCAGUUGUCUUAUUAUGGAUUUUAUGCAUAUUCUUUAUGGUGUGAAAUUAUGCUCUGGAUGCUUUGUUUUUGUCAGAUAACUAGGUGUGCAAAAAGAACCUCAACUGCUUUUUAAUUUCGUUUUUUGUUUUGGUCAUUUGGUAUAUUUAUGGGAACCAGAUCAGUCUUUUUUUUUUUCCCUUUUGUUCUGUGAAUGUAAUGCAGCAUCAUCUGAACUAAUUUCUCGUUUGC